AAUAUGAUCAUCUUCCCUGUUUUCACUCACAAUAGUCAGCAUUGUAUUGUCUGAUAACCUCCAGCUCCUGACACAUUUCUUUCCUGGUCAAAACGUUUUUCCACAAUUAACAUUGUAAACUUUCCCACAGCUCUCAUGGUGUCAUUGUUAAGACCACAUGGACCAGCUUUGAUGGAGCCACUGCUUUUUACUAACUUAAAACUGUUCUUUUCAUGACAGCAAAUGGCUAUUGUAGGGAUGGAAAUGAUUGUAUUUGCAGUCCAGAUUGGGCAGGACUGAACUGUGACCAAGACUUGAAUAUGUGCCGAAAUCCUCUCUGUCAGAAUGGAGGGACUUGCAUCAACACAGUAGCUGAUGAUUAUCGGUGUGACUGUAUGCCAGGGUAUACUGGUAAAAAUUGUCAGACUGAAAUUGAUCUCUGUGCCGAUAGUCCUUGUGAAAACAAUGCAACAUGUCAAAACUUCAAAACAUAUCACACAUGUACUUGUCUGGCUGGAUUUCAAGGUGUCAACUGUGAAACAGACAUUGAUGAGUGUAAACAAGACAAGUGCAGAAAUGGAGCCACUUGCAAAGAUCUGAUAAAUGCUUAUCAGUGCAACUGCCCGCCUGGUUACACUGGCCAGGACUGUGAACAAGACAUUGAUGACUGCCAAGGAUCGCCGUGUCAAAACAAUGGAACGUGUCUUGACCAAGUCAAUGGAUACAGAUGUAUUUGUCGUCAAGGUUUUAAUGGCAGUGACUGUGAGGCCAACAUUGAUGACUGCAAACCCGGCAUCUGCAGUAAUGGAGGGACCUGCCAUGAUGAAGUGAACAACUUUCGCUGUAGCUGUCCUGAUGGUUACCUUGGCCGGACAUGCAGUAAUUCCACAAAUGAAUGCACAUUGCUUCCCUGCCAGAAUGGAGCGACUUGUCAGGAUCUGCAUCUUGACUACAAUUGUACAUGUCUGGCUGGUUACACCGGGAAGGAUUGUGAAACCGAUAUUAAUGACUGUACUUCACCCUCACUGUGUAAUGAUGGUGUCUGUCAAGAUGGCAUCAAUAACUUUACUUGUGACUGCCAUGCUGGAUAUUCUGGAAGGUUGUGCGAUGUCAAUAUUGAUGAAUGUCAGGGUAGGUACCCCUCCCUUAAGAUGUUUUCUUGUCUCAUUUUGGUAUCUUUUAGGGGUCAAUACAGCUUAAGCCAUGCUGGAUUGGUCUUAUUCAAAUUUUCCGACUGCUUAUCACAAAGUGUUUAUCAUUGUUUUUCUGCAGAUAUUGAUGACUGUGAUCCCAGGAAUGACAUAUUUUCCCAAGAAGGGGAAGGUUCUUGGACGGAGUUUGGUUAUUGUGGACAACAUGGCACCUGUGUUGAUGGUGUCAACGUGUAUUCUUGUCUGUGUGACCCAGGGUGGAAUGGAACCAAGUGUGAAAUUGAUAUAAAUGAAUGCUUACCAAAUCCAUGUCAGCAUGGUGGACAAUGUGUGCAGACAUUCAAUGCGAGCUAUGUAUGUGGCUGUGCUCCAGGCUAUACCGGUGUUAACUGCACAGAAGAUAUUGAUGACUGUCAGAACAAUAACUGCACUUCUAACUCAACUUGUGUGGACAAGCUCAAUGGAUAUUACUGUGUCUGUCCUCCGGGUCUGAAAGGAAUAUACUGUCAGUCAAACUCAUCCUGGUGUAAAAAUCCCAACCCUUGUUUAAAUGGUAACUGCACAGAUNAUGCCCUUUAUGCAUAUGUUAUUUUAUCCCCAGAUGUCAAUGAAUGUACAACAGGUGAUGCCGUCUGUCCGGCAGGAUAUCGGUGUGUGAACACAUUGGGUAGCUACAAAUGUGUUUGUCCCUCAGGUUUCACAGGCCCACAGUGUGCCACAAAUAUCGAUGAUUGCAAACCCUCUCUGUGUCAGCAUGGAGGAAAGUGUAUCGACAAAGUGAAUGAUUUUGAAUGUGACUGUUGUCCUGGUUGGAGUGGAAGGAGCUGUGAACAGUUUAAUAUUGAAGAAGAUGUUUGUGGCUGUGGACAGGGAACAUGUGAAUGUGACAAAGAAACACAGCGUAGCUUUUGCACUUGUUUCAAGGGAUUUGAAGGUAACAGCUUGUUUUGCAGUUACCUUUAUUUGUCAUUGUCAUUGUGCAUCCAGGUC